UUGUAUCUUUUUAAUACAAAAUACAAUUAUCUCCGAUUUUCUGCUCUUCUCAAAACAUUACUCAAAUUUGCUUUGGAUAUGCAGUUUCUGCUUUUAUAAUGAAGAGCAAUUUACUUGCCAUCUUUGUUUUAACCACACUUGUGUGUGGCACGCGGGCUACCCUUGGUGGCAAGGCAGUACUCAAGGAAAAGGAUAUGAUGAGAAAGAUUGUAUUCGACAAAAAGACACCAGAUGUGUUUUAUUGUCCAAUGCAGAAGCCCUCUUCGAUGAACAAAAUUAUUGUCACUGCUCGGCCCCUACACAAGUUGUGCGAAUACGAAGGAAACCCAUUGCCAGCUGAAUAUAAAUCUGACUGUUAUAUGGAUAUUGAUGAAUCGGAUUAUGCAUGCAAGGAGAAAUAUAGAAUUAUGAUGCGUAAAUUUCCCCCAGGCAGCGAAGAGCCGUUCAACGGUGCCCGUCUAAAGCGAUUCAUGACUUAUAACAAGGAGCUCGUCUGAGCCGAGGGUAUUAUAUGCACAUGUGAGAGAGCACUAUUCAUUUUGGGACCUGAUUCUAAGCUGGUUUUAAAUAUCGAUCGAUUAACUAACAGAAAGAAAAUUAUAAUUUAAGUGAACCGAUUAGUUAAUAAAGAUUGGCUUUUAUAUACUUGCCUAAACAAACGCUCGCCCGUA